AUGGCCACCACAGCAUCCUGCAGCCACAUCCCAUCAUUUAUUCUCCAACAGCACAAUGACCCCAAACACACCUCCAGGCUGUGUGAGGCCUCUGUGACCAAGAAGGAGAGUGAUGGAGGCCUCCACAGCCACCUGACCUACACCCAGUGGAGAUGGAGAACCCAGAGCGUGGGCCACGAACCCCUGAGGAGACAAGGCUCCUCCACCACCAGCCGGCCCCCUCAGCCCCUCUCCGCCCAGGCCAUCAAACACAUCUGGGUCCGCACGGCUCUCUUCGAGAAAGUUCUGGACAAGAUUGUGCAGUACAUUGUGGACAACUGCAGGCUUUACUUGGAAUGCAGCACAGUGGGGCCGUGUGCUCUGGAGUACACAAAGCUGAAGACUUCGGAUCAUUUCUGGACAGACCCCUCAGCCAAUGAGCUGGUUCAGCGCCAUCGUAUUCACGGGGCCCACCGGGGCCAGGACGUCUUAGCCGGCCACCGGCCUGCUCUGGGGAUCCGCAAAAGGCAGUCGAGCGGCAGCAUGUCAGAGGACAGGUUUGCUGCAUCAGCGAGGGAGUAUGUGGAGUCUCUUCACCAAAACUCCAGAACGCACCUGCUCUAUGGCAAAAAUAAUGUCCUUGUGCAACCGAAGAAGGACAUGGAGGUUUUACGGGGUUACUUGUCUCUCCAUCAAGCGGGAGAUAAUCUCACGCUGAAGUGGACACCCAAUCAGCUCAUCAAUGGCACACUGGGAGACUGCGACCUGGAGAAAAGUAUCUACUGGGAUUACGCACUCACUGUUCCUCUGCGCCAGAUAGUAUGCAUCCACUGUCACCAACGCUCUGACUGUGGGGGGACACUGGUUCUGGUCAGUCAGGAUGGGAUCCAGCGGCCACCCCUGCACUUCCCCCCUGGUGGUCACCUGCUGGCCUUUCUCUCCUGUCUGGAAACGGGCCUGUUACCACGGGGCCAGUUGGAGCCGCCUCUCUGGUCCCAAAAAGGAAAGGGAAAAGUAUUCCCUAAACUGAGGAAGAGGAGUAGUGCCGCCAGGCUUAUCGACCAGGAAGCCAACGGCGAGGAGCAGUCGGCCGCCGACUACGUGUUUCGCAUCGUCUACCCUGGAUAUCGAUACGAAGCCAUCACUAUAAACUACCACCACACCACGGGCAGCCGCGCUCCAUCGCUGGAUGAUGACGAGGAAGAGGAAGAUAGGCUCCAUGCUAUGAUCUCAAUGAUCUGCUCGCGGAACCUCACAGACCCUAAUGUCAUGAAAGACCACGGGGACAUGAUGGACACGCAGGGCUUCGGAGGCAGCCCGUCGUCGUGGCAACAGGCUGAAGUCGCCACUCACGAGUCCCUGUGCCAGUCCUGCUCCACCGCUGGCAGCAACUUUGACUACGCGUCUGGCUGUACCUGCAUACACGACCCGUCAGAUAUUCACACUAUUCCUCUGAAGAUGCUCUGCCAGAACAUGAAGCGGCAGAUCGUCUCCAGAGCCUUCUAUGGAUGGCUGGCGUACUGUCGACACCUGUCCACGGUGCGGACUCACCUGUCAGCUCUGGUCAACCACAACAUCGUCCCCCCGGACAGACCCUGCGAGGCAUCCGGGGGCCUCAGCAAAGAGGUGUGGAGCAAGUACCAGAAAGACUGCAAGAACUACAAGGAGCUGGAGAUGCUCCGGCUGGUUUAUUACGGUGGAGUGCAGCAUGAAAUCAGAAAGGAGGUGUGGCCUUUCCUUCUGGGACACUACAAGUUUGGCAUGGGCAAAAAGGAGAUGACUAAGAUCGAUGCAAAGAUCAGCGAGCGGUACCAGCAGGUGAUGCGGGAGUGGAAGGCCUGCGAGGUGAUCGUCAAGCAGCGGGAGAAGGAGAUGCAGUCGGCCAUCUUUGCCAAGCUCUCCUCGGGCAGCAGCAUCGACAGCCACGUCCUGCGGCUCGUCCACAGAGACUCCACGCUCAGCAAUGAGGUGUUCAUGUCUGUAGAUGAGCAGGAUGCAGGAAGCCAGGAGACCCCCAGCGGAGAGGACAGCACCCCCACAAUGACCAACCUGGUGCCCCCCGUGGCCCUCCCACAAGAAGAGCGUCCUCUGGUAGAAUUCGAUUCCCCCGACUCAGGGCUCCCCUCCUCUAGAAACUACUCUGUGACCUCUGCUCACUCCCAGAUCCUGUCUAGUAUCGAUGACGGUCAGAGCACAGAGGAGGAGGGCGGGGGCGCGGAGGACGGCAGGACUCCCAGUGAGGGGUGCCGGGACUCUCUGACGGAGGACAGGCUGUGCAGUCAGCUGGACAAACUGGUGACCAGCGGAGCAGCUGCUGAGGGGACGUCACCAUCGCUCUCUUCCUAUACAAUCGAGCUGUUGGACACGGUCGCCCUCAACCUGCACAGAAUAGACAAAGACGUCCAGCGCUGUGAUCGCAACUACUAUUAUUUCACCACGAGCAACCUGGAGAAACUCCGCAACAUCAUGUGCAGCUAUGUGUGGGAGCAUUUAGAGAUGGGCUACGUUCAGGGCAUGUGUGACCUCCUCGCUCCGCUCAUGGUCAUCCUGGAUGAUGAGUGCCUGGCGUACAGCUGUUUCACUCAGCUGAUGAAGAGGAUGAGUCAGAACUUCCCUAACGGUGGAGCCAUGGACUCGCACUUUGCCAACAUGAGGUCACUGAUCCAGAUCCUGGACUCGGAGCUGUUCGAGCUGAUGCAGCAGAACGGAGAUUACACUCACUUCUACUUCUGUUACCGGUGGUUCCUGUUGGACUUCAAGAGAGAGCUGCUGUACGACGACGUGUUCGCGGUGUGGGAGGUGAUCUGGGUGGCUCCCAGGAUUUCCUCGCAGCACUUCGUCCUCUUCCUGGCCUUGGCGCUGGUCACAGUUUACCGUGAGAUCAUCGUGGACAACAACAUGGACUUCACCGACAUCAUUAAAUUCUUUAAUGAAAUGGCCGAGCGGCACGAUGUCCAGCACAUCCUGAAGGUAGCACGUGAGCUGGUGCACAAAGUCCAGUCUCUGAUGGACAACAAGUAACUGUGAUGAAGAGAAGAGGAGGGAGGAUGCAGAGGGAGAGUGUCUGACCCUGCUGGAAACUAGAGCACUUCCUGCCUCCACUUCCCCAGGCCACACCGGGUGGUCGAGGCAU